GCAUGCCCACCGUGGCCAACCAGAUCGUCGCCCGUCGUACCUUCUCCUCGACCCGCAUGCAACUUGCCAGCCCCUACCACUACCCCGAGGGCCCUCGCAGCAACUUGCCCUUCAACCCUCUGACCAAGUUCUUCGCCAUCAGAUUCUGGGGCUUCAUGGCCACCGGCUUCUUCCUCCCCUUCGGUGUUGCUGUCUGGCAGCUCAACAAGAACCAAUAGACGUAUCGUGGUGCAUGGACUACCUACAUUGGCCUGGCUUCAAAGCUACUCGAAAGACGCUGGCCCGUCCUGUCGGAUGUAUAUAAUAGUGCGAAUGAACCCCGAAC